AUGUCUAGACCAAACCCAGAAUACAAGCCGCUGCACAAAAUUUGCGAAUUUCUCAAUGCGUUACACAUCUAUACGGAUUCCGCCAGGGAGAAUGUGACACGUUACAUCGAGGCAACGCAUUAUUGCUCUCAUGUUCAAAAGGAUCUGAGACAGUGUUUAAUCUACGAUUCACCUGACAAAGAAGCUCGCCUUAUAGGCGUGGAGUAUAUGAUUCCGAAGCAUCUUUUUCUGACCCUUCCAGACGAGGAGAAGAAACUCUGGCACUCACACGACUUCGAGGUUAAGUCAGGCAUGUUGAUAUUGCCGAAGCCCGAAAAUGCGGAUCCGGAUGAGUGGGAGAAAGCGGAGAAGGAGGCCAUGAAAGAGAUAGUGGGACUUUAUGGCAAGACGUGGCACUUUUGGCAAGUGGACCGGGGGGAUUCACUUCCCCUAGGGUAUCCAAUUCUCAUGGGUUCCCUCACGGAUUCGACACAAAUCGACUUGGACUCGGUGCUUGCAGAACGAAAUGAUCGAUUUGGUGUUGAUCAUCAAACAAAGGCCAAACACAGAAAUGACAUCCAACCUCAUGACGUUCACCCACUAGCAGAUAGCUGGUGGGGCAAAGAAAGGGAGAAAUAA